AUGACCAUUGAUACCCCAUCACAGCCAUGUGCUUUUCCCCCACACUUUUGCGUAGCUGAUCCAAAGGGUCCUCAAAACCCAUCAGGUUACUCUUGCAAGAACCCUGACCAAGUCACCGAGAAUGACUUCGCAUUCUCUGGUCUCGCCAAAGCUGGAAACACUUCCAACAUCAUUAAAGCCGCAGUGACUCCAGCCUUUGCACCUGCCUUCGCAGGUCUCAAUGGUCUUGACGUCUCAUUGGCUCGUCUUGACUUAGCCGGUGGUGGUGUCAUCCCUCUUCACACUCAUCCUGGUGCCUCUGAGGUUCUUGUAGUCAUACAAGGAACCAUCUGCGCUGGUUUUAUCUCCUCUGCUAACAAGGUUUACUUGAAGACUCUCUCAAGAGGUGAUUCCAUGGUGUUUCCUCAAGGGCUUCUUCAUUUUCAGCUUAACUCUGGUACAGGACCUGCAUUGGCUUUUGUUGCUUUUGGAAGCUCUUCACCGGGUCUCCAGAUUCUACCUUUUGCUUUGUUUGCUAAUGAUUUGCCUUCAGAACUUGUUGAAGCCACAACGUUCCUUAGCGAUGAAGAGGUUAAGAAGCUUAAGGGUGUGCUUGGAGGAACUAAUUAA